UAUAUAAAGAAAGCUUAGUGGGAUGUUGAGAUUUUGUAAGAGAGAGAGAAAAACAAAGUUCUUUAGGAUUAGGGGGCAAGACGAUGUCUUCGACGGCCAAGGAAGAAGAGGCACCAUCGAUCUUGUUUUCGUCACUGCCAAACGAUAUCGUUUUAAACAUCUUAGCCCGCGUGCCGAGACGGUAUAACUCAAUUCUCUCUUGCGUGUCAAAACAGUUAAGAUUUCUCAUACGUUCCUCUGAGCUUCGUAUAACGCGAUCUCUUUUGGGAAAAGAUCGUUUCUACGUCUGUUUUCUAGAAAUUUCUAGUAUUACUACUUCUGAUCAUUGGUCUACUUUCACUGAGGAUCGUCCUUGUUUGGUUUCGAUUCCGUUCCCUUCUCCACCCGAGCCUUUCUCUGCAAUUCUCACGCUAGGUCCCGAAAUCUACUUUUAUGCGGGCUCCUCGAGAAGCAUGUGGAUCCUCGACUCUCGGUCAGGAAAGUUGCGUCAAGGUCCAAGGCCGCUUGUGAGCAGCAAUGAGGCUGCUUUGGGAGUAGUUAACGACAAAAUUUACAGUUUUGGAGGAUUGUGCGAAAAAGGAGAAUGCAGAGAUAUCCAAGCGCAAGUGUAUCUAAAGACGCAAACUUGGCAAGUCGCGCCAAAUCCCACUGCGAAAUUGCAAUGCCUAAGUAAAUAUGUGGUAGCCCAGUCACUAGGCAGAAAGAUAUAUGGGAGGGAUAAUCAAAAUGUGAUAAUCUAUGACACUAGAGAUGGUGAAUGUGAAAAGAUAAUACCAGCUAAUGAGAAUUACAAGUGUGGAGUAAUGUGUGUGGUAGACAACGUGAUCUACAUGCAUUACUAUUGUCUUGGGUUGAUGUGGUUUGAAUCCAAGGAGAAACUAUGGAGAAUGGUUCAUGGUUUGGAGUUGAAUGGUCAUUUUAGUAGUACCGCAAUGGCCGAACACAAUGGAAAGAUGGCGUUUUUGUGGCAUGAUAGGAACAAACGUGAGCUUUGGUGUGCAAUGAUCGCCUUGUAUGGGAGUAGUCAAGUAGCCAUUCAUGGCCGGGUCGAGUGGUCUCAUCGUCUACUUUCUCACGUCCCUUCUAACUACUUCAUCAAAUAUUUUAUGGUUUGUACGGAUUAUUAAUAGUAAUCUAGCUCUCUCUCU